AUGGUACUAGAGAUCCUCAUUCUCUGGAUCGCCAUCUAUCAGAUCUAUCGCCUCUUUCGUGCCACUCGCGGCGCACGCAUCAUCAUUGGUCUCACCGUCAUCCUCGUCGCCAUCACCCUCAUUUCCCAACUCCUCGACCUCGCCGUGCUCGAGUGGAUCAUCACCAAGGCCGUCAUCGUCCUCGCCUUCGCCCUCCUCGUCAUCUUCCAACCAGAACUCCGUAGUGGCCUGGCUCGCCUCGGAAGCUCAAAAUUCGGCGCCCUCUUCGCCAUCGAGCGCAGUAUCAAUCUCGACGAACACCUCCACACCGGCGUCAAAAUCGAUAGCGAACUUUCCAAAGAACUCGUCCUCACCAUCUUCCACCCCAAAACCGCCCUUCAUGACGGAGGCCUCAUCAUCCGCAACGAACGCGCCGCCGCCGCCGCCUGCAUCUUCCCCAUCAGCCAAAAAGAACUCAGCGAUCGCUCACUCGGCCUUCGCCACCGCGCCGGUAUCGGCAUGGCCGCGGAAAGCGACGCCGUUGCCAUCAUCGUCAGCGAAGAAACCGGUAACAUCAGCCUCUGCAUCGAUGACCAACUCGAACACCACCUCUCCGAUGAAGCACUCCGCGAGCGACUUAACGACAUCUUCCUACUCAAUGAAAAACCCACUGAAAAAAUGGCUCCUGAACAACUGGAUGGUGAAAAUGAUCGCGCUGAUUCUAGCGAUCGCGAUCUGGUGUCUGAUUGA